AUGUCUAAAAUAUCAAACUCGAGAGUCGUUCACAUCUUGAACGAGUAUUUCACACCUCACUACAAACCAAAGCUUUGCCAUCCCUCGCCAUCUCAGCUCUCUGGUCUCCUCCAUCUCAACCUUCCCUCGCCAUCUAAGCCACCGUUGAGACGCCUCUGCCCGCCUCCGCCACCGUCGAGUCAGCCAACUCCUCUUCCCAUUACCAUCGCUCCUCCACAAAAGUUGCCUCUUCCAGCUGCUGCCGCCGUCGAGACAGGACACCCUCUUCCCGUCUCUGCCGUCGUCGACACUCUUCCCGUCGCCUCACUAGUCGACGUCUCCAUCGCCGUCACAGCUUAUAUGAAACCUAAUACAGAGACUUAUAAUUGGGUGAUCCAAGUAUAUACAAGGGCUGAGUCUUAUAAUAGAAGAACCAGGAUCACAGAGACAAAGUAGAGCAGAGAAAGGGACUGGUAGCAGUUGGUGUGGUCAAGGUGAACAGUUUUCGCCAUACACAGUGGCAGGGAUUAUUGCAUAUCUAGAUGUACUCAUCAAAUCAGGCCUUCUUCCCAAGACAAAGGACUUCCAAAGUGCCGGCCUCUAAACAUGAGAAUUAUUACUUAUGUGCAUAGAAUUGUAUAUA